AUCCCUGGAAGUGUCCAAGGCCAGGCUGGGCAGGGCUUGGAGCAGCCUGGGACAGUGGAAGGUGUCCCUGCCAUGGCUGGGGGUGAGGAUGGGAUCAGCCUUAAGGUGAUUUCCAGCCCCACCAUUCCAUGAUUCUGUGACGUGGGCCUGCCUUGAAGGGAGGCAGUGUCAGCUGCUUUACUGACAACUUUUGGUCCUUGAACCUGCAGACACACAGGUGUUUAUUUUAACCAUGCAGAUUUUAGAUAAAGCCAAAAUUACAGCUGGCAAAACCAGUAAAGCCUAAAGACAGUGAUGUUGGCUGUUGCUCAAUGUUGACUCUGCAUGAACUCUCAAAAAUCACAAACUGGGUUUUAUCUACAAAAAUAGGCCCUUAUGUGCUUGUCUUUUUUAUCUGUUCAAAAUACUCUUCUCCCUGUCCUGGUCCCUUCUCUGCCUUUUGAUUUUGGUGCUUGGAUGAGAACAGUUAUCUGGACACCAGUAAAAGUGUGUGAGAGGCAAACUGGAAGCAGAAAGAAUUGUUACCAUAAGGUUUACAUUUGGAAGAAAAUUGACCUGAAGUUCUUUUGACUUUGCUUUUCCCCCUGGGUCAAUUGCAUGCAGACUGUUGAGGGGUUCAGUGUAGCUGAACUGUUGUGAGCUGUUGUGUGUGAUUUUAGCUGAGAAGAGACCAAGUUAUUCAUUGCUAUGAAUUAAUGAAGUGUUGGUGUGAAUGAUGCAUAAUCAGGUCACCUGAAGAAAUCCAUGAUUAGUUUGGUCACCUUUUCAAAGAGAGUGUCCUCCUGUUUUAGAGAAAUCAAGAUACUUUGUUAAAUUUCCCCUAAUAUUUGACUUCAACAUAAUCACAAAUCAGAAGAUUUGAUUUUUGGGAAAAAAUCUGUAGUCCUGCCUUUGUUUUAAGUGAAUGUGCACUUCAGAAUAACACUGCCUUCUUGGAAAGGAAUGGCUUGAAUGUUUAACAUGGGAGUGUUCUUACUUCUCUUUACUUUCACUUUUUCAUUAAUUAUUCAGUUCAUCCUCUUGCCCCAAAUAUCACUGCUCCAUUCUUGAUCUACAAAAUAGCAGCACUGGUUGACAUGGUCUCAGUUAUCCCUGUUGGAGUGGAAUCAGGCACCUGGGACAAGGUCACACAGGUUUGGCAGAAUGAUGGGCUGUCCAGUGGUUCCCUUUCCUGGCAGCUUGAUCCUGGUGGUUGGGAUCUCUCCCUGCUCACUUCCCAAGGUAAAGAACAGAAGAACAGGACAGGCAGAGAGUUAAUCUCUGUGGGGUGGCACUAGAAACAUAAGUGCUCAGUGGCAGCUGUUUACAGCUGCAUUUGGAAACUUAUCUAGCUGCAUUUGAAUAAUUUUAAAUACCUUGUAUUGAUUUUGUUGGAUUUUAAUUAAUCAUUUGGUCUCUUGAUACUCCUUUAGUGGUUUAUCGAAGAAUUACCCCUCUGAUGACACAGAGAGCUCUCUUUAUUAGCUGAAUGUAGGUCUGGGUUUUCAUAAACUGUGUUGAUUUGGUUUAAUUUUAUUAUCCCUCUUUAUUCAUCAAUUCCCAUGUAAGCCCUUUCUUUAUCAGCCUGGUGUUGAGCUCAGUCUGUAAGAUGGGUGCUUACUUCCCUAAUUGUCCUUUUUGAAAAAUCACAGUGACUUCUGCUUGCAAAUGGUCUGAUUCUGUUGACAGAAACACUUCCAGCAGCUGCAUUUCAGUGUGCUUUGGAUUGCUCCUAAAAUAGGCUGCUUUCAGCACCAUCGGGGGUGGAUAUUGUGGAAACUUUCAGUAUUUGCAGGAUUUACAGUUCCACAGGUUGAUGUAGUGGCCUUGGUAGGUUCUUCUUCUUGGUUUUCAUGUACACCAAAAAAGGUCUUUUUUGAAAGUCCUUACCUUUUUCUGACAAGGUGAUUUUACCUCCUGGUUUUAAUACAUUGCAUUGUUUAUAUUCAGAAUCCAGUUCCAUCACCAUGAUAUUAUUUUACAUCUUUGUUUUUAUUAUCACUCUGAUUACUUUUCCUUCUCUGAAAACCAAGUGAGUUUUUAUCAAGUAUUUUUCUCUUUAUUGAUUUUUGGGUCCUCUACCAAAGUGUUUUUAUUCAGUCCUUGAAAUCAAUUGUAUUAUUCUCUUUAAGUUAAUAACUUGUUUUCAGUCAAACCAAUUUGAUUUUUGCAUCCCCAGCUGCUUUUCUUUGUGAUUUAUGUGCUGCAGUGUUUGCAUACAACCAGGAGCAUUUGCAGCUGAGUGACCGUUAGUUUUUAUUUUUCUCUUCACUUCCCCUUUAUCCUUCCAGAGGAGAUAUAAAGUGAAUUUUCUCUUCUGGGGACGUGCUGGUAGAGGGGCACUUUGUUGUGUAAGUAUUGAUUUUAAAUUCUGUCUAGAGUGUGAUAGAUUUUUUAGGGACUGUGAAAUGCUUUGAAAUGCUUUGCCAUAUGAGCAGGGUGCUGGCAGGGGGAAGUGUAGCCCUGAACAGGAGUGUGAGGACUGAAGGGAUAUCAGAUAUGGAAGUGGGUGAUGCCAGAUGGACACUGAUGCUGAUCCCUGCUAAGAUUACUCCUUGCAAUCUCAGGACGGUUUUCCUACCUAGCAUUCCUUUGUUUAUAGAGACUUGAAUUAAUUUCUCAUUUCCUAUUUUCCACAUUUGGUUUUGUUACCUUUUUCUGUCACAGGGAAACUGGCAGAGACCAGGACAAGAGAGUUGUACCUCUCUGGAUUCAUGUUUUGCUCUUCCAUCUGUUCUCUCCUCACAGAACAAGCCCUGUUGUCCUCAGUGUUAAAUUUCUUGCACUUUUGCAACCUCAGAGACCCUGCACUGUACAGAUGCAGUGUCCUGUCUUUAUAAAGUAGAUAAAGGUGUUGGUUAGUGCAGAGAACAGGCUCUAGUGAAGAAUCCAUAAAAGGCUGGAGGAUAAUGUGCUUUUUCAGAAGUCACACCAUUGACAUGUAGGUUCUUCUCCAUUAGGAACCAGUAGGAAGAUUUUUUGUUACAAGAUUUUGGUCUGGAGGAAUCCCUAGAGACCUCCUUCCAAUGUGGCUGCCCGAAAAAACACUGUAGAAAUUCUUCCCUCUUGCAGUGUUUGGUCUGACUUGACUGGAAGUUUUAUCACUAACCCUCAGAUCUUUGGCUGCAGUUUCCACAAAAGGAGAAGAAGGUGGUGAAAGCUCCAGUGCCAGCCCAAGUGGUGCAUCCCCUCAUCCUGCUGCUGCCAGCACACUGUAAUUAGUGGCAGGGCCAUCCAGGCCCUGGCAAUUAGCUGAUUUCUGAAGACAGGUGAAGCUGGAGGGAGGGGUGGGGUAGAAAGGUGCCUUCCUUUGGACUCACUCCAGCAGGUCCAUGUUCUUCCUGUGCUGGGGAUUCCAGACAAUAAUUCAAGUUUUGGUUUUGCCUCGCUUUCUAAUGCUAAUUAAUCCCAUUUCCCGUUAGCAUUUCUUGUGAAAUACAGGAGAGUGCUUCCAAGGCGCUUUCCUGGUUUUGGAAGUAUAAAGUGAAUUUUUCUUUCAAGAUGAGGAAUUGAGGAGGAGAUGUGCUGAGACACCACUGUGGUGCUCAGGAGGGGAGAAGGGAUCUGCUGUGUGCAAGCUGUGGAGGCCUGCCCAGCACUGAUGGGCUGUUGUAGCCACGGUGAUGACAUGUUCUUGGAGACUGAAAUGGCAGGAGAAUUGUUCCUGGAACAGACAGAGAGUGUAAAGCAGCAAGAGAGCAGGCCCAAGUUUGAGAGCAUGUCAAGUUGGACUGCUGGUGGAAAAAUGUUUUCAGGGGUUAAAAGAGAGGCUGUUCUGAAAAGUGGGAGGGUAACAGAUGUUUUAGCUGUUUGGGGUUUUUUAAGAGUUUUUUGAUUUAACUAAGUAAUUACAAGGCAGUAAAUUUAAGGUAUGUAGUAGGUGUGUAGUUUUAAAUCAUAGAAUUACAGAAUAAUUUGAGUUGGAAGGGACUUGAAAGAUCAUCCAGUUCCAUCCCCCUGCUCUGGACAGGGACACCUUCCACUAUUCCAGACUGCUCCAAGUCCUGUCCACCCUGGCCUGGAACACUUCCAGGGAUGGGACAACCUGUGCCACGGCCUCACCAUCCUCACAGGGAAGAUUUUCUUCCCCGUAUCCCAUCUAAUCCUCCUCCCUGGCAGUGGGGAGCCAUUGCCCCUUGUCCUGUCACUCCAGGCCCUUGUCCAAAGUCCUUCUCCAUCUUUUUUGUAGGCUCCCAUCAGGUUCUAUCUUUCAUUCUUACUGGUCCUGCUUUGUGCCAUUUUGCUGAUCCAUGUUUACUUGAAGGGCACAGCUGGGCUAUAGAUUUGGCAUCUCAGUGAACAGGGCUUUCAUAAGUGUCUCUCUGAAGCUCUGUAGCUUACCAUGAUGAUCCUACACAUGCUCUGCACAAACUGAGGUGCCUCACUUAUGAUCCAGAGUCUUCUGAAGAGCCAGCUUGUGAAAGCAGGUCCUUGGAGAGAAAACAUGCCCUGCUGAAUGUGAAUUAAGUGUGGAAGAAUGAGCUGUUGGAAGUGCCCACUCUGUCUGGUGACCCCAUUGGAGUCGGGAGAAUGGACAUCUCUGAGGUGCUGGCAGGGCUGAUGCAAAUCUGAACUGAUUCUGGUGCUUCCCCCUGCCCUCCAGUCCUCACAGUGUUCCUGGAAAGCCAAUGGAUGAACAGGACAAUGAUUUCAAAGAGUUGUGGGCGAAUAUUUUGAGUGGGGCAAAGAAAAAGGCUGGGGAUGCUGAGGCAACAAAGAGGGUUCAGAACAAGCCAAAGAGCACCACAACACGAAGAAAAUUAAGAAAAGGCAAAGCUGCUGCUAAGAUCCAAACCCAUCAUCACUUACCAGCAGUGAAGGAGAAAAACUUCCUUCAAAAUCUGGGUCCAAAGGAACAAAUGUUGGUGCACAAAGAAGAUGGUGAUGCUUCAGCCUGUAGUGGUGAGACUGCACAGGGAGAUGGAGCAAGAAGCCCCCUCCCUGCCAGCCAGCUGAGUACAGGCACCACUGAGUGUAGUCAGAGAUCUCUGACAGUAAAUGCUCCAAGUGGCUGUUCCCAGACUACCUUGUCCUUCCUUCCUGCUACUCCUCCAGGACUCUGCUCCUCACCCACCCCCAAGGUGCGGGUGGCAGAGCUGGUGGUGGAGAGAAUGCAGCAGUUCAAGAGGGUGGCACCCGAGCAGCUGAAGCACAGCUCGGAUGGGAGUGUGCCAAAGGCUGCAGCCAGCUGGGAUUUCCCUGCCAGGAGCCAGGAGCAGAAGCCUCCUGAGGAUGAUACCCAGCAUCUCCCAUCCGUGGAACAUGACAGUGCUCUGGCUUUGGCUCUUCAGCAGGAAUUCAAGGAGGAACGCCUGGCAAGCCUGGAGGAUGCAGGCUUGUUCUUCUGUCAGAUCUGCCAGAAGGAUCUCACAGCCAUGAACAGCCUGUGGCGAGAGCAGCACGUCAACAGGUGUCUGGAUGAGAUGGAAGAAGCACAGGUGUCAUCCUGCAGCAAGCCACUGGUCCCCGAGUGUCCCAUCUGUGGGAAGCAGUUCCAAACCCCACAGAGCCGAGUCAGUCACCUGAAACGCUGUGCUGUGGAGAUGGAUGUGCCUCCCAACCUGCUCCUUCAGGCAGUGCACCUGCAGGUGGCCACUCUUGGUGAUGCAGCUCUUCAGUGUCCCAGCAAUCAGCCCAGCAGGGCAAAGCGGAAAGGCUCCUCCAACGAGGACUUGAGGAAAACACAGAAGAGGGCCAAAAUGGAGCCUAAGGAUGAAGAUUUGCAGGUUGCCAUGGCAAUGUCACGUUCUCUGUUGGAGCAAGAAAAGCAGGAACAAGCAAAAUCAGUUACAAAUGUGAAAGCAGUGGCUGCUUUCCCAAUCAAAUGGAAGCCAGGAUCAGAGAAAAAAAGGCGUAGGAAAGGCACCAGUGCCCCUCCACCUCUGCUGCUCCAGGACCCGGAGAAGGUCCACAAGAGGAUCCAGGAGAGAAUAGCCAUGAUGCUGACAGAAGAGGUGGAAUUCCCUCCCACCCCCCAGCUGCCCAUUAGUAGGAUUCUGGAGGAUGAAUCUGGAAAAGCAGCCUGGCUCAUGCCAUUGUGCAAAGCCAGUAAAUGCUUUUUGUGGAACAUCAGUGCUCUGACAGGACCCUGUGACCCGGAAUCAUUCUACACUGCAGCCUUAUCCCCUCCAAUUGUACCCUGGAAGCCUGUGCAGAAUAAGCCAGAGAACCUUCAGCCAUCAGUGGGAUCUCAUCAGCCAAAAGUAUCCCAGCAAACUCAGCCUGACCUCAGUUCUCAGGAACCCACUUGCACAAAGGUUGGAGGCCAAACUUCUGAUGAAUCCAAGCCAGGCCCUGAAGGUGAUGGGCAGCUUUUAUCCCCAAGCCAGGACAUUCAGACCCUGCAGGACCUGGUGGACUUGGCCAGGGAGGGACUCACCCUUACUCAGUGGAGCCUUGACACUGGCCAUGUUCAGGCAGCAGAGCAGCCAGGAGAAGAACUGACUUCCAGUGAUCCUCCACUUAGUGGCUUUGUGUCCCCAUCCAAGAAGAAGAGCCUCCUCAGGAGCAGCACUAAAAGAUCCUCUCUCGGGCUGCUGGCUCAAGAUUUUGGUGCCAUGGUCAACAACCCCCACCUGAGUGAUGUCCAGUUCCAGGUGGACAGUGGGGAGGUCCUCUACGCCCACCUGUUUGUGCUGUACGCGCGGUGCCCGGCGGCAGCUCAGGCUGUGCACAGCGAGGGGCUGCUGGUGGAGGAGGACGGGGCCGCGCCGACGCGCCGGGCGCUGCUGAGCGAUGUGUCAGCCCAGGCCGUGGCUGCCUUCCUGCGCUACCUCUAUGCUGCUGACACCAGCUUCCCUGCUGGGCUGCGGCCCCAACUGCAGGCUCUGGCUGCCAGGUUUGGUGUGAGGGAACUGAUGGCAGAGUGUGAAAGCAGCACUGAAGAGAGCCAGGUGUCUUCUGGAGUGGAUUCAGAAGAUGAUCUUAUCUCUGUGAGGGAUGAUGAAGAUUGUGAGGACAGAGCUGAGAACUUCCAAGACCUCUUGAAGUCAGUGUGGGUGGGUGAAGAUGAGGAAGAAGUAGCUAUGCUGAGCCCUGAGUGCCAGAAGGAGGAUGACAGUGAGGUGGGAGAACAAGAGCUGGAGGAAAUCUAUGAGUUUGCUGCAACUCAGAGAAAGAUGGCUCAGGGUGAAAGAGAGGUGAGCGAAGGAACAGACUGCAGCAUCUGCAGUGACACCGAGGCAGUCCAAGGUACAAACCAGCAAACUGAGCAGGAAGAGGUAAAGAGACCUGAAUCUGCUUCAGUAAGCAACAGCCUCAAAGAUCUGAGGGAUGGCAACGGUGUGGAAAGAUCUAAACGUGACUUGUCUGCACAAGAGAAGAUGCAGAAUAUAAACAGGUGCAAGCGCACGAAUGAUCCACAGACCUCUACUGUGCCUCACCACACUGAACCUCAGAAAUGGGAGGGAACUUCCCGUGGUGCUAAUGAAGGAGGGGCUCUUGGGGGAUGUGAGGAUGUGAAGGAUUCCAGGUCACCUCAGGUCUCACAUGACAAGGCAGAUCAGUGUGAAAAGCAGUUUCCUGGUUUCCAGGGUGAUGCUGAUAUAAAUGACAGCUAUGAACAUUUGUUUUCUGCCUCUCAGGGGUAUCACUGUGAGCCUUCCCCGGUGAAAGAAGUUACCAAAGAAUCAGGAAAAUCCCCUAGUAAAAAACAUGUUGGUCCUAAUGAUUCACUUGUGUUCAGCAAGUCACAAAAAGUUUGCUCUCCAUGUAAUAAUGGAUUUUGUAGGAGUCCAGCUCCCCAGCCUAAUGUGUCCCUUUUUCCUGCUCUUGGCUCUUCACCUGCAUCUCCAAAAUCAGAGGGAAAGUUUGCUAGGGAACAUGUGGUAACACCAAAGCAAAACAAAAAGGAAAAAUCAUUCCCAUCUUGUGAAAUACACUCUCAGAAAGCCAAGGAGCUGGGUGCUGCAUCAAAAAAUGAGAUCACAGUUUCUCCAGCAGAGCUUCCUCACAGUGAAUCAAACAAGCACACACAUGUCCCAGUGUUGUCACCACCAGGCAGGACUCAAGAUGCUGCAGCUCAGGGGAUCGAGGAGGGUUAUGUUAUUGUUUUAUCUUCUGAUGAUGAUGAAAUGGAGCUACAACAAGGCAAGAAGCUGCCAGAGUCUGACUCUGCUCUGAAGGAAAUGGAAGUCCCUGGGCAUCUGAAGUGUACAGGCAUGGAACAAGGUCCUGAGAUACCAAAACCUGACCGUAACUCAUCAGUCCCUGAAACAGAGCAGAGAUCAGCCCAGGUCUCAUGUGGCAAUACAGACACACUGUGUGUAAGGGGUGAUGUAAAAGUGUUCCCUGAAUUUCCUCUCAGCAGACAAACAGGUGCUUGUACAGAGAUCAAACAGAGUCCAAACCUGAGCCCUGGGAAGAGGCUCAGUAAUGAAAUGUCUCCAGGCACCGACAGCUCCUGGCUUGUGCCAGGAACACCAGUUCUGAGCAGAAGCAGAAGCUUCUCAACACAGACUCUGGUCACAAGUAUUAAUUCUUUAAAGGGUCCAGGAUCUAAACUCAGCACAAAGAACUUAGCAGCAGGUAAUAGUAACCAUGAAAUGGCUGGAAAUUUAAUAAAAGCUCAUGAAACAACAUUGUCAGACAAACAUUUGCCUGUGGAGAACUUGGCCAGUGGAAGGAGCCCACCCAGCAGCCCAGCAGCAGAAUCCUUUUCCAAGAACCCCCUUCCAGUUUUUCCAGUAGAUCCAGUUCUCCUCUCCCCUGGCCACACCAAGAGGGAAGGCAAAUGUGCCAAUAUCUCAGCUUUACCCACCCUGGUGCCUCCGUGCCAGGAGCAGCCACUGGAAGAUAAAAUCAACGUCAGUGUGGUUGAGCUGGAGGACAGUGACAGGGAAGUAAGUCUGCCUUCUCUGGGCAGCAGUGUCCUGCUGUGUGAGGAGCCCCCACUCCCUGUUGAUGACUGCUGGCACGCUGGGUAUCUGUCCCCAGCCAGAGGUGACAGCCACGACUCCAGCCAGGUCAGCCAUGCAAAGACCAGCAUGGCCAGCAGCCCCAGCCCUGGCUCUUGGCAGGAGCAGGGGGAGAGCCCAGUCCAGGUGCAGGGAAUUCAGGGCAGCACCCCUCUCCAAGGAAGUCCUGCUGGCAGGAGAACAACUUUGCACUGCCCUGAGAAGAGCCCUAUUGAGCCGUGUUCAUCAGUGGGCAGCAGAGCCAGUUACCUGGACUCCAAAAUCUGGGAUGACUGGAAUGGAGAAGAGAAGGAAGAUGAACUUCCAGAAAUUCUUCCUUUGUCUCAGAGGUUGGCAGCUGCAGCAGGGGCCUGUCAGACAGAUCCUGUCAAGACUCCUGAACCUUCCUGUCAGGAGAACAACAGGUCCCCCAGCACUCCAGUGACACCCAUGCCAGCUUAUUCCAUCAUGGAGACCCCGCAGCUGAAGAAGGAGCUGAGCAGAUUCGGUGUCCGUGCUCUCCCAAAGCGCCAGAUGGUGUUGAAGCUGAAGGAGAUAUUCCAGUACACUCACCAGGAUGGGGACUCUGACUUUGAGGAUGAAAUCUCCUAUUCUCAGCCCCUCCCCCAGAAGUCCCCGAGGCAGCCGAAGGCAGGCCGGGCUGCGAGGGCUGUGGGCAAGAGGAAGCAGCGUGUCAAGGCUGAUGGUGCAUCCCAUGGAACAGGCUGUGCCGCACCCAAGGACAGAACUAAAGUGACACAUCACCCAGGAGGAGCCAAAGAACAGGAAAGGCCAUCUGUGUCCCUGGCAGCUGAUGGCGAGGAGCUCCCGGCAUCUCAGGAGUCGGCACGUUCCUCGGUGGAUGGAAGUGACAUCUCCUUUGGUUCACAGAGUUCCUUUGUGAAUGGAUUUGAAACCUGUGCUUUUACAUCUGAGGAGGAGGAAGAGGAAUUUCCAGCAUCUCAAGCAGCAGCUCGGGAAGAGGAGAAGCUGGAGGCAGUCAGGUGCUACAUCCGCUCAAACACGGCCCUGUACAACAGGAUUCUCUUCUAUGAACCCAUCGAGCUGGCUGAUCUGCACGCAGAGCUCAAACAGAAUGGCAUUAAAAUUUCCAAGGCAAAGCUGCUGGACUUUCUGGAUUCUCAGUGCAUCACAUCAACCAUGGCCAGAGCCAGGAAAGAGCAGGAGCAGAAAAGGAAGGAGAGCAGAAAACAGAGAAGGCGAUUCCGAGUGAAGCCCACCCCUACCCUCUAAACUCCUGCACGUGGAUUGCUGCCAAGCUGGAAAGCCCCAUUCCCAGUUGGUGCUCUGGCAGCAGGCGAUGGGUGGAGUGCUGCUGCUCCUCGUGGCCUGAUCCCAGGUGACAUCCAGGAGAACGGGCCUGAGCUGCACUCCCGUUGCCGGCCCAAACGCCCUAUGGCUGCCCUGCCUUCAGCACACUGCUCACCUGCAACCUCUUUUCACCCAGUUGGACUCGUGUGCCUUUUCUUUCCAUUUUUCCUGUAGAUCUUAAGGUCCCCAACUUCUCUUCAUGCUGGUGUUUCCCUCAGUGCCAGGACCUGUUCCCUGGAUUUGGGCUGAGAAAUGCUUCACCCUUCACGCUCCAGGAUUCAAUCAACUCUGUCAAGCACUGCCUGUUUACACUCCUGUGACUUCCAUCUUCACUUCUUCAGCACAGUUUGCACUGCUGAUUUUUAAGGCAGGGAAUGCUGUGGAAAUAGAUAAAAGGCUUUUUUUCUUGCUUCACUUGGCAAUCUCUACUAAAACUCCUAAAUCUGUGUUUUUCUAAUGGCUGCAGAACAGGGCAGGGGUUUGUUCUGUUCCCUUUGUGACACCUCCCAAAAGUGCCCCUGAUACCCCAUGUCAUGGGAAAGCCCCCAGCAGAGAUGUCUUGAAGAAAAUAUUAAGCAGUUUUGAGCACUGGAACUCUUCAGCACUUCCCACAGCUUGAGCAAAACCCACUGCCUGGAUUAGUCCCAUUGCCAAACUGGACUGGUCCCAGUUGUAAAGUGUCUGGGACUCCUGGAGAAGUCUUGGACCCUAAAUUGUUGUAUUUUAUAUAUUGAAUAUUUACCUUCAUAACAACUUUCUGACUUCUGUCUGUUCUGGCAGUUCUGAGUGUGCAAAGGCUCCCUGAAAAAUAGGGACAGAACACAAAAAGAGGUCAGAUUUCUAGAUAUCUUUGUAUAUGUCGGACAUAAUUUUUUUUAUACAGAAUUUGAUUUUGAUUUAUAUUAUAUACAAUAAACAAUUUAAUUCCUG